AUGCCGCGAGGCUUCCUGGUGAAGCGAACUAAGCGCCCGGGCGGUUCUUACCGAGCGCGCCUCGCCGAGCGCCUCUGCCCCGGGCCGGGUCCGCAGGAGGCGCCGCCCGUUUCCGCCGAGGCUCCCGGCGGCCCCCCGACCCGGGCCGAGCGGGCAGCGCCCCCAGACCACGAGGAGCCGGGCGAGGGGCGGAUGACGGCGCCGGCGGCCCAGGAACCGUCGGGGUCGCCCUGUCGGGAGGCUGGGGUGAGCUUGGGAGCGGGCGGCCGGGAAAGCGCCGAAUGGCGGGCCAGUGACACGGAGGGUCCCGGGCCCAGCCCUGCCAAGCCGGCGGGCACGGAGCUGCGCCAGGCGUUCCUGGAGCGCUGCCUCAGUUCGCCGGUCUCCGCCGAGUCCUUCCCCGGGGGUGCCGCCGCCCUGGCCACUUUCUCCUGCUCCGCGGCGCCGGGGGCCGCCGCGACCUCGGGGGAACAGUUCUUGCUGCCGUUCCGGGCGCCGCUCCCGGAGCCCGCGCUGCACCUGGAGCCCGCGCCGCUCUCGGCCACCCUGCACGGCCUCAAGCGGGCCGCCGAGCGCCGCGCCAAGCCGCCUCCGGGGUGCGCGUCUGGACCCGUGGCCGCGGGGCUCAAGAAGCCCAAGGCCAUGAGGAAGUUGAGCUUUGCGGAUGAGGUGACCACGUCCCCGGUCCUAGGCCUGAAGAUCAAGGAGGAGGAGCCCGGUGCGCCGUCCCGGGUCCCAGGGGCCAGCCGUACUCCGCUGGGGGAGUUCAUCUGCCAGCUGUGCAAGGAGCAGUACGCAGACCCCUUUGCCCUGGCCCAGCACCGCUGCUCCCGCAUCGUGCGGGUCGAAUACCGCUGUCCCGAGUGCGACAAGGUCUUCAGUUGCCCAGCCAACCUCGCCUCCCAUCGCCGCUGGCACAAGCCGCGUCCCGCGGCUCCGAGCGCCGCCGCCGCCGCCGCCGCCUCCUCGGGCUCUACCGCCGCCGGGGACGGGAAGCAGCGUCCCCCGUCGUCUGCGUCCGCCUCGGACCCCCGGCCCAUCGCCGCCUUCCUGGCCGAGGGGAAGGAGAACAGCCGGGCAGCAGAGCGGACUGCGGAUCAGCACCCACGGGCCCGGGACAGCUCCGCGGAGAAUCAGCACCGGGACAGCGCCCCGCUCCACCGGCUUCAAGGGCUCGCGCACUCCGAGCCUCCGCAACCACCGGCCCCCUACCCCGAGAUGGUGUUGGGAUGCCGGGUGCCCGGGCCAGGCAAUGCCACCGGUGCUGGGGCGUCCGAGAUCUUUGUGUGCCCAUACUGCCACAAAAAGUUUCGUCGCCAAGCCUACCUGCGGAAGCACCUGGGCACUCACGAGGCGGGCUCAGCUCGCGCGCUAGCCCCCGGCUUCCGCUCGGAGCGCGCGGCUCCGCUGGCCUUCGCCUGCCCGCUGUGCGGGGCGCACUUCCCGUCCGCGGAUAUCCGAGAGAAGCACCGGCUGUGGCACGCCGUUCGCGAGGAGCUGCUACUGCCGGCCUUGGCGGGGGCUCCUUCGGAAGCGCCAGGCCCCGGAGGGGCAUCUGAUGGAAGUGCUCAGCAGAUUUUCUCGUGCAAGCACUGCCCGUCUACCUUUUUCAGCUCCCCAGGGCUGACCCGACACAUCAAUAAGUGCCACCCCUCAGAAAGCCGGCAAGUGCUGCUGCUGCAGAUGCCGCUUCGGCCUGGCUGCUAAGGGCUGAGGCCAGGAAGCUGUCGAGGUUGGCCUGGGCAAAACCAGACCAUGGAAAUCUCUGUAGUACUUUGUUCAGCUUGCAGGUUCUUUCCUUCCCAAGCAAAAUUCCUCCUAAAACUUCCCCCAGCAAAGUUCCGCCAGGGGAGCAGACAGCGAGAUGUAAAACCCUUCUCUAGAGCAGGUAUGUAAAUGGUAUAAACAUUCACGACCCAAGACUGUCAGCAUUAAGUCUUUCUCAGUUCCCCACUUAAGAUAGGAUUUCCCCCUCAAAACUCUGGAGUCCCUAAUGAAUCCUAUAUGAUUUGUAAUUCCUAUGGAAAGUCGCAGUGAACGCAUGCAUGUCUCAACGUCUACAACUGGCUCUACUCAAAGUGGUAGUUACCAAGGUCUUUCUCUUGCCAUCACAGGCACUUAUGUACUUUCUGCCUCAAUAGGGUCAGAUUUCUUGCCUUGUAUAUUCUGUGAAUUAAGUUACGUGACUGGUGCCAAACUCAUGGGGUAGGGGGAGGGAGGAGAUUCAAGACCUGUGUUCAUAGGCAGGAAAUUUAAGAGGAUGUUUGCUGCUUUGGGGUAUGGUGAUAUGAGAAUCGCCCUGUAACUUUUCUCAACUUUAUGUAACAGUGGAUUUUAAAAUCAGAUCUUGGAGGUGGGAGGACACUACUUACUGGGAAGGAGUGGCUAUGCCCUCUGAGUUCUCCAGUUAUUCUGUGUGCAGCAUUCAGGAAGAGCUACUUUCCGUUUGCCUCCACAUAGCUCUUUGGAAAUAUAAACCUCAUUUCCUGAAGUAUAACUUAUAUUCACUUUAUUUAGUGCUUAUGCUGUAAAUCUCAUGAUGUAUAUAUGAAAUUGUUCAACUUCAGGAAGA